AUGGAGAACAACGAAAGUAACCACACCAGUUACUACAAAAGCGUAACGUCGAACAGCAACACGAUUAGCAUUUUUUAUGAAGAUUUAAAGCAAAGCAAAAGUGAAAAAAUGAAAUUACAUGAAUGGAAAAAUGACAAACAUGUAAGUGGAAAGAGAUCCAAAAAAGGAUACCACUCAAAUCUUGGGUUCUAUCACCAUAAAAGGAAAAAAGCCACUGAAAAGGAAAGCAGGCAGUUUAUAGAAAGUGAAAAGAGUGGUAAUAACUACCCCCAACGGGAAUUAAAAAAAAAGGGUAACCUUCUGCAACAGAGUGGAAAAGGUAAUGCAGAUAAGACCAAAGAGAGCUUGCUCUUAAGUGUAUCUCCUGGAGGGAUCAACACAGAGGGGAACAACAAAUUGGGGAACCAUGUGAGAAGCUCCAAUGGAAAUAGUGGGCCCAUUCAGGGGGGUGCCCUUAACGGAGGGCAUGGGAAUCCCACGAAGAGGGCCCUCCACGAGAGCAGUCAUAACAAUAACAACAGCGGCAGCCACGGGGAGGGAGUGAGACUCACCAAAGAACUGCUCGACGAUCUGAACAAGCGAAACAGAAUUCUCGGUGACGAGAGCGAAGAGGACGGAGACCAUGACAACCAGAACUUCCUCAUCUACGUGAAGAAAAGGAUUGAGCAGAAGAAGGAGGAGGAGAAGCGGGAGAAGAGGGCGGGCAGGAGCGGAAGGGUACGCGGGAAGAUAAGCGGUAGAGUAAGUGGGAAGGUAGCAGGUGGUCAGGCAGGCGGUCAGUGGGGGGUCCAACUUGGCGAGCCAGAGAGCAUCCCCCCCGGACACCCCCAAAGUGAAGACCAAAUAAAACACCCCAGUGGUACCCACGUGAACGAAAUUCUCGGAGAAAGCGACGCAGAAGGGAACCCAAGUGAAGUUCUGGAAACCCCUCCAAACGGAUGCGUCGAUGGAGUGGCUCCUCUAAGUGGCAACUACAAUGAUGAUACUAAGGGGACGAGCAACGGGAAUAGAGCAAAUUCCAAUCAGAUAGAAACGUACAAAACUAUCGACGACAGUAGCUCCCUUUAUAGUGAUGAAUCUACGAAGGUGUAUAUCAAUAGGAAGAAUCACGUUGAAUUUAAUAUGUGCGAAAAUCCCUGUGACAUUUGGUACGGGCUGAGAAAGCGGAAUGGCAAGCGCAUUUUUAUUAGCAGUUUGGGUGUGAAUGGUAAGAAGAAUAAAAACAAGGGGGCGAAUGCCCGGGGGGGAAAUGCGAGGAGUGCCACUGGUAGAAGUGGUCACGUUUGGAGCGCCACCGGGAGGGGCGACCCAGUGAGGAACUCCAAAAGGGGUGGGGGCAUCGGUGGCAUCGGUAGUAGCAGCACUGGCAACGCUAUUAGCACUGGCAACGGCGCGCACGCGAAGGCCAAGCCCAAGAACGUGGAGAGGUACUACAUAAGCAAGAAGAAGGGAAGCAGCAGCAGUUUGGCCAAGCUAAGUCGAGACAAACCCAGCGGAAAAAACGGCGCCAAGCAAAACAUCAGAUACGUCAAGUACAGCGCGGAGUGGAGCUCCAGUUACUACUCCAACGUGAUAAACAGCAACGAUGGGAACCUCUCUGACAACACCAUUGCGACGAUGCACAUCGAUGGCAAUUGCAAAUAUAACGAGGAGGGCAACGAGCACAGAAGUGGCAAGGGGAAUAACCACACGUACAACUCAGCCGCGUAUAGCGGUAACGGUAAGAAAGGCCAUGGGAAAAAUUCGAAAAAUGGGAAAAACGGGAAAAACCGGCAAAACGGACAAAACGGACAAAACGCACAAAACAACCCUUUGCAGCUCAAUAAAAUGGGCGCGGGAAACAAUUUUAUCAUUUCGCGUAAUGACCAUCACCAGCUAGCCAAAAAGUCUUCAAAAAAAAAAAGUAAAAAAAAUAUUAUGACCUGGUCAGGUAGAAAUAACAAUUAUGAGCACAAACACAGGGUGCAUUUUGCGCCGGUCAAGGGUGUCAACAAGAAUAGUUACUACGACAACCAGGGGGUCAAAAUUAGGAUAAGGGGGGGGUCCCUGGGGUAUUUGAGCGACGGUGCCGCAACAGCUGCGGUCACUGCGUCGAACAGUACUUCCAACGCUGCCGCUAACGGUGCAGCCAACUUUCCCGCCACCCCCGGUGAUGCGCUCGACCUGGGGGGCCACAGCGAUGGAGCUAAUAACAAGGCGGACGAAGAUGGAGGCAGAAAAAGUCACGCGCCAAACGGGGGAACAAACAGUAGCAUGGACAGUGGUGCCGAUAGCGGUGGGGGUGUUGGUGGCAGUUGCCCCCGCGAGGAAAACGCACAGUUGGGAGAGCCAACGAGCAGCGAGAGCAACCAUUUAAAAGCUCACUCCCUUUCGAUGCACAGCGGGCUGAUGAAGAGGAAAGAGAAUAUCUCUCGUGACGCCAGCGUAACACCAGAUAAUAAAUGCAAACCAACAAAUGGAAGUAGCCCUUCUCUCCCCUGUGGUGGCCCCAUACGACAGGAGCAUAACGAAAAUGUACAUGCGUAUGAAAAGAAUUAUUUCAAACCAUCCUGUGCGAAUAACGGAGGUGAAUUUCGCGCUGAGGCCAAACCCACUGUGGACAGUGCGUGCGGAGCAAACCAACAGAAGGGGGGAGGGACGCACGGGCCCUAUCAGAGCUGUAAAAAUGGAGCCAAAAGAAUGAACACACAUAAGACGAACAAGAUAAGCAACCACAGUAACUACAGCAGCUGCAAUAACUACGGUACCCACGGUAGCCACAGUUGCAAUGUUGGCAGCUCGGCCUACAACCCCGCGGGGGGCAACAAAGAGCAUGAGGGGAACUACUUGGCUCAUGCGUUGCCCCCCGAUGGUGCCGCUCCGCCCACGACUCGCACUGAAACAAGUGAGCACUACGCGAGGAACAAGGGGAAGGAUUAUAUCGGUGCACCCAACUUUUACCACCAGCAUGGUGGAAAGAACGGGGGGGCCAGUUACCACAGCUAUGCGAAUGGUCACGCGAAUGGUCACGCGAAUGGUCACGCGAAUGGUCACGCGAAUGGUCACGCGAAUGGUCACGCGAAUGGUCACGCGAAUGGUCACGCGAAUGGUCACGCGAAUGGUCACGCGAAUGGUCACGCGAAUGGUCACGCGAAUGGUCACGCGAAUGGUCAUGCGAAUGGUCACGCGAAUGGUCACGCGAAUGGUCACGCGAAUGGUCACGCGAAUGGUCACGCGAAUGGUCACAAACCCUUUGACGUGAUCAAGGAGGAGACGUUCAUCGUGGCGGAGAGCAGAGACAAAAUCAUCUUCCCAGAUUUUAGCUACACGGGAGAGCAAAAUAGGAAGUACAAAAAUUACUACUACAACAACGCCAAAUUUGACUUGUCCUACGAAAUUGAGGACGACGUACGGAAGCGGAAGAAAAAGAAGUGGAGCGCCAACAACGCAAGCAGCAGCGGAAACAAUGGAAGUGGGAAUAGUGGCAAGUCAGCUUUUAAGAGCGCCAGGGAGAGGGUGCAGUCCAUCCUGGCCAGGCGGAGGGGCGUGGACUUCUGA